GUUGCGUCGUACUGUUAGUAACGUUAGAAGUCUGUAUGCCGUCGUCGCUUAUUCAGCUGAGCAUAAAUUUAGAAGGCUUUCAAGAUGAUGAAAUUACUGUUGAAGACUAUAAUUGCUGCGGAGACUAAGCCUCCAUCUCCGCCACCGGAGGAGCCUAGUCCCUCGCUUAUCAGCAUUUCGAAAUCUGAUGUUAUAAAACCACAAAUAAACAGAACACCUAUGGGGGUAUAUAUAGUGAAUCCUGGUGAAAAGCCACUGACUUCUUUAGGAAAUCCCGGUCCUGGACCAGCAAACUAUAACCCUUGUCCUAAUCUGACAAAGGAGGCUGCUCCACAGUAUUCUAUUGUUGGUAAACCCAAAAAGAAGGAACAUGGGAGAGGUUUACCAGGUCCAGCUGAUUACCGUACCUCUGGUGACUUAAUUUGGAAGAAAAAAUACGCUAUCAAGGGGAGAGCAACCUGCUACUUUGACGAAGAAGCUUCUAAAUAUUGUACCGUCAUUGGACCCGCCAAAUAUAACGUCAGAAACAAGCAAUUUGGAUUGGAAGGACUGAAAUACAGUAUGGCCCACAAACAACCCGGAGAUAUCAUAACUGGACCACCAAACAAUAUUGUUCAACCAACUGAUACACAUGGUUAUGGUACACCUGGCCCAAAUUACAGACCAAAUUCCAGCUAUUGGACGCGAGGACAAAAGAAAUCUAUGGGUGCUGCCCAAAAGAAAAACAUCCGCGAUGGUCCAGGACCGGCUGAUUACAGCGUCUCUGCCACUUAUAGUGGACCAUCGUAUUCGUUUGGCGUUAAACUACCUCCAGCUCCAAAUAUCCAACAAACUGUCAAUAAAUUUAGUCCUGGCCCUAACAGAUAUGAUCUUGGAACUACAAUAGGAACAGCCACAUCAAAAAGCAUUUCCGGUCGUUAUAUUGAAUCCAAAUGUGCAGCUAUCGCCAAAGAAACACCAGCCCCAUCAACAUAUUACCCGACAAUCCCAGAGCGCUAUCAUAAACAUACAACAUUAGCUUAUAAAUGGUUUGAAGUUGAAGAGCCAGUCCACCCUGGUCCAGGUGAUUACACGUUGACCACAGCAAACAUGAAAAAAGACCCUUCAUAUUCAGUAAGACAACACACACACCCAUCAUAUCCAGAGUCUCUAAACUAUGUGCCCAAAAGUCAGUCAGAAGUACCAGGUCCUGGUAACUAUCACAUCUCACGAGAUGUAAUGGAAAACGAAUCUCCAGCGUAUUCAAUGAGACAACAACUGAAAGCUGUUGAAAACGAUGUACCGGCUCCAAAUAAAUAUGAAUAUGAAAAGAAAAGAAUCGAGCGAGGAUCAAAGUUUUCAAUGGGCAAAAGAUUUAACAUGCCAAACAGCAUGAAGGACAGCCCAGGCCCUGGAACAUAUUCGCCAAAACAACUUAAAUGUUCGCCAAAGUUUUCCAUGAAAGGAAGAACGCCUAUCAUCAGCAAAAGCGGGAACACUCCAUCACCCAAUUCAUAUAGCAUCCCUCCCGAGAUUAAAGUGGACGACAAAAAAGCUGGGGUUACCAUAAAGAGUAGAGCUAGCCCUUAUGUGUAUUCAGGAUUUCGCACAACAAAACUUGCCGAAGGAUGCUGCAACAUUGCAGUACCAUUAAAGGCAUAAUUGAUAUUAACACUAUUACUCAAGGUCACUUACACAACCAUAUGUUUAUACGUGCAUUAUAAGAGAAAAUAAAGGAAGUGGAGUAUAAUUUAAACAUAUAUCCGAGCUCUUUUAAAUGUGUUUAUACCAUUUCACUAAUUUUAACAUGUGUUACAGAUGACGUUAAAUAUAUACCUCAGAUUGUGUAUAUAAUUAUAAUGGGAAACGAUUUAGAAAUCGAACGUGU